AUGGUUUGGGAGAUGACUGAGAUGCGCAAGGACGACGCUGAAGCACGCAAUCUGAUGCAUAGGGCUUUAUGCAUCUAUCCUCGUUACUAUUCAAAUUUUGCAACUCGCGGUGGAUCAUUCUGGUGUUAUAGACACUGUUUCGAGCCUCCGUGUGAAUGCUCAGAAUGUGUCCAACAAUUCCUGUCUCAAAAAGUUCAGGAGCACCAAACGACGUAUAGUUUUGCACUUUCUGAUGUUGAAGCUCAACAGAAGGCUGGGGGGUUUGCCACAGAAAUAAGCAGGAAUCUAGUCUAUCUGCGACAACAAUGCCAAACUAAUGGAGAUUCAAUAAUCAAGAGAUGGAAGAAGAAGAGUCGCAAUAAACGCGAGGCCCUCUUACGCGAUAUUGAUCCCAACUUGUAUCCGCAUCGGUGGCCUCUUGCACACCUGAAUAAAGCGUUUCAGGCUACACUUCCUUCCGAUUACUGGAUCAGCGCAGAUAUCACGCUAAGUCGGUAUAUGCGAGAGUAUCGUAAUGCAUGUCUACUGCCUUACAUAAACUUGGAAGGAUUAAUCGAAAACCCUGUGAUGUUUUUGAGUCUGUUGCAAACUCGCACCCAACAUUCCCCUGAGCAGUGGGCUCCGUAUGAUAAUUUCAUCCUUGACAAACAUUGGGACAUGGGUUCUCUGGCUCUCGACUACAACAGCCAUAGCAUAAUUCUGGCCAGUUCGGCAUAUGGAACGCUGACGCAAUGGAAAAGUGGAGAAGCACACAGAUGGACGUCUGUCGGGUUUCCAAGAGCAAUCCUCAUUCUCGAGGCACAAGCACAUCUUCUUUCAUUCCUUCGAUCCACGGUUGAGCGAAUUCUUGGGUCCACAAUUGGCUAUUCUAUGGAAAGCCAAAUAAGCUCAUUCGAUGAAAUCUCUAAAUGUGGCUCAAUGACGUUGAAUGGACGAUUUGAUCACAUACCGGGAACAGCUUCCUGCUAUUUGGACCAGCCAUUCUCGGCGCCGCCCAUUUUUGACAUUAAUUCUCUGUUGAAUAUCGCCAAGACAAGAGAAGCUGUACAAGGAGACCAUCUUCGAUUUCUACAGACCCAUCCUUUAUAUGCUAGGCGCUACAUUGAACUCGCCAUGACCAGUAACUUGGGGAAAGAGCUUAAGAAUUAUGAUAAGUUUAUUAUCGCAUCGUCAAUUCUACUUAUUCAGGAUAUGGUCAUGUUCUGGUCCUGGGGUUGGAUUGUAGACGAGGUUGAAAAACUAAAGAACUUGCAAAUUACUUUGAAUGAGAGCCUUGAUCCACUCAAGCCUUUAUCAAAAGCUUACGAUGCAGCGUUAGGGUCGCUCGAAGCAUUGUUGUUGGAUCAAAUCCGCCGGCGUUCAAAAUACCUAGGUGAUUUAUUGCCUAUGUAUUUGCGAGAGUACAAACUAACCAGCAUUUCCAGUAAUCAUGGCACGUUUCCUGCUUGGCAGCGAAGACACACAGUCUCCCACCCCGAAUUUUCCAAAGACAGAUUGGACUUUUGCUUGGCGUUGUUGUUACUUGAUACCAGCUCCGAUAUUAAGCUCGAGGAAGUUUCUCCUCUUACGCCUGCAAUGAUAUUUGCUAUGCUCGAGGAGCAUUUGGCCAAGUGCCAUGAAACCAAAAACUUCAAAGAGCUCGCUAGACUGGCUGAAACUGUGUAUGCAGUGGUCUCCAGCCUUGCAGCAAUGUAUCAAAUGCUUGAGAUGGUACGAUUACAUCGCCCUCGAGCAAAGAGACGAGAAGCCGAGGACGUUGCAAAACUCGAGCAUGGUCACCCCACCAAGAUAUUUAUGGAGACACCAAAACCAACUGGAACACGUCUCAGCCAGCAAUGGGUCGAUAAUGAUGAGCAACAGAGAAAGGCACUUAGUCAAAUAUGGGUGCAAGUUCGAGCUCGUCAUGAAUAUACUCUCCGUCGUCUAGGUUUCUGCCAAGAAGAUAUAGACCAUGAUCUCGCAAUUCUAUCUGCGGAUAGUGACCCGGAAUACCUCGCAUCGAUUGAGAAGCGAAAUGCUGAAAUACACACAGAGAUAGCAGCCAGACACGCGAAAAAGGUUGCAGCUUUUGGAAAUUUUAUCGAUCAAGAGCAAUGGGGCACUGAAAAGCCAGAGAAAGUUGGCGUUCCAACUCGCUCUAAAUUCAAAACCAGGAAGCUUCCCAACACAGAUGACGAAAAGAACUCUGUGAAGAUACUUAGUGAACUGGCCGCAAGUCCUGCAACUUCUGCACCUUUACCAUCGCCUAGAGUACUCGAGCGCACUAAAACUGUACCCUGGGACUCUCUUGUUAACGCCAUGGCCGAGGCUGGAUUCAUAGCGAGUCAUGAAAGGGGAGGAUCAGCCGUUCAAUUUGAGCCUGAUACUAGCUCGCCUUGGUUUGGAAAGGGUAAGAUAGUCUUCCACAAACCCCAUCCCGAGCGUGUUGUGGACGCAGUCAUGUUGGGAGUGAUGGGAAAGCGGAUGAAGAAGUGGUUUGGAUGGAGCGAUGAGACUUUUGAAGUGGGUAAGAAAUAA